AUGGUCGAACGCAUCUCAGUUGCGUCGAGCCGAGGCAGUUUCAAAGCCAUGUUCUCCUCUCCAUUCCCCAGCUCGUUGUUCCCGCCGUCCGCGAUUAUUAGUUUGACCGACGAUAAUUCGACCUUCUUCCUCGCCCGACCCGCUGCCUUCGGCCCCGCGCUACCCAAAGGAGGCUUGAGCGGCUCUCUAUGGAUCGGUAGCGGGUUUGGAGAUGACUCCAUGGGCGCCGGCGGCGAGCUGGGUUGCAGCGACGUUCCGGGCUGGGAAGAUGGCAACGAUGACCUCAUGCGGGUUUCACGACCAUCGGGCCAUUCCAAAGGAAAAGCAAAGGACACCACGCUGGACAGGAAUUUACCUUCGAAAGAGGGCGUGCCUGGCCUUGGCGAAGACAACACCAAGGACGCCGUUGCGGACGAUGGAACGGACGAUCACCUGCAACCAGGGCUUUCCAGCACGCACAUACUGCCACGAAGCAAACACGCCGAUAUACAAUCACUACAAGAGAGUGCUGAAAUUGCUGGCAAGGUUGUACUCCUCAAGCGAGGGGGUUGUGGUUUCCUGGCCAAAGUUCAAUGGGCACAAUCGCGUGGAGGAGUGGCUGUCAUCGUUGGUGACGAUGUGCGUGGCGGCGCCCUCGUUCGAGACGGCAUGCUUUCAGAUUCUGCGGCCUCUCAUGCCAGCGUCAAGGACACUGAAAGUCAUGCGACUCUUUCAGAAGCGCCACAAGUUGUACAGACUUCGGCCCACGGGAAGCAACACUCGCUGCCAUCCAAAAAGAAGACUGCGGAGGGACAGCGCACUAGCUUUUGGCACUCAUUCCUCUCUGCAUUCUUCGGUCAUGGUUUAAGCAACAAGUCUCCCAAGGCUGGCAGCCGACGACUUCCCAAUAGCGGUGACCUGGAAUGGGUCGAGGUCAGUGAUUGGGAAGAUGACCAAAACCCCAUCAAGACAAAAUCGGCAGCGCCCACGGCAAUUCCCACCAAACUCGCUGACGGUUUCGUCAUUGGCGGGCACGACUGGCGCGAUCCUGACCUUUUGCCACUCACUGCAACUACAAGUGCAUCUACAGAAGCAGCUAGCGCAACUCCACCAAGGCAAAGACCGGUGUGA